AAGGCUUAUUUAUCUGGGAUAAGUAAAAAAACAACCUCCAGGUCAAAGGGGAAGAUUUUUCUGGCAAGCUUGUACCUUCCCGGCUCUAUUGUUAGAAAUGAAUCACUUUCUCUCCUGAGCUCUGCUGAUGAAAUAUCACCAGUCACGUGGACUUGGUCAGGUUCUGUUUGUUCUCCAUUCCCCAUUCAGACGGAUGCCUGGUGAUAAGGCGAUUUUCAUUUUCCUCCACACCCUAAAGAGGCCUGAAGAAUUCAUAUCCAGUCCAGGGAUUGACUUGUUGCCAAUUUAAGAAACCAGAAACGCUGUAGAGAUGACCUCGCCACACCAGCUGGCUUCUGACACGGGAAAACCCACCUUGCGUUUGGUGCCAAGCAUUCGUUCUCUGUACGCUGCUGUUACAGGAGAAGAGGACGACAACGACGACAGCCGUUCGGCUGGCCAGGAAGGAGCCAUGGCUGCCGUUUUCCUCCCGGGGAACCUCCAAGACGAAGCCACUUGCUCGGUCUGCCUGGAGUACUUCAAAGACCCCGUGUCCAUCGAGUGCGGACACAACUUCUGCAGAGCCUGCAUUGCCAAAAGCUGGAAGAGCCUGGAGGGAGAAUUCCCUUGCCCGCAAUGCCGAGAGGUUUUCAAAGAGAAGAACUUCAGGCCCAACCGGCAGCUGGCCAACAUGGCCGAGAUCAUCAGCCAGUUCAUUUUGCGCGGCGGGAAGGGCCUGGAGGAAGAUGGCAUCUGCGAGAAGCACAAGGAGGCGCUUAAGCUUUACUGUAAGGAUGACCAGAGGACCAUCUGUGUGGUGUGCGACCGCUCUCGGGACCACCGGCCUCACAGCGUGGUGCCUGUAGAAGAGGCUGCCCAGGAGUACAAGGAACAAAUUCAGAACCGUCUGGAUUUCUUGAAAAAAGAGAGGCAAGAGCUUCUGGAAUUCAAAACACAAGAUGACAAGAAAAGCCAGGAUCUCUUGAAAACCAUCGAGGUAGAAAGACAGAAGGUCCUCUCUGAAUUUGAGGGCCUGCGUCAGUUUCUGCACGAGCAAGAGCAGCUCCUUCUGGGCCAGUUGGACAAGAUGGAGAAGGGCAUCAUCAAGAGGCAGAAUGAGAACAUCACGGAGCUCUCCAAGGAGAUUUCGCUCCUCAACAAGCUGAUUGCUGAUCUGGAGGAUAAAGCCCAAGAGCCAGUGCUUGAUUUCCUCAAGGAUGUGACCAGUGUCAUUGUCAGAAGUGAUGACGUUAAAUGUCCGAAGCCCAUCUUUGUUUCUUCUGACAUGAAGGGCCAUAUCUGCAAUUUCACUGUGAAGACUGUGGUCCUCAAGAGCGCACUAAAGAAAUUCAAAGAUCACCUGCGGGAUGAACUGGGGAAAGGUGAAAAAGAGGAGCUGCUUCUGGACCCAGAGACAGCCAACCACCUCCUCAUCCUCUCGGCAGACUUCAAGGGUGUGAAGAUGGGCUGCAGGAGGCAAGAUCUACCCGACAACUCCAAGCGCUUUGACACCAACUCUCGAGUCCUGGCCACCCAGGGUUUUACCUCAGGCAGGCAUUACUGGGAAGUGGAGGUAGGGUCUGCAGAUGGCUGGGCCUUUGGCGUUGCCAAGGAAUCGGUGCGAAGGAAAGGACUGACUCAGUUUUGUCCUGAAGAGGGAAUCUGGGCCUUGCAACAAAAUGGCGGGCGAUACUGGGCCGUCACCUCCCCUCAACGUACUCCAAUUUUCCUGGCCGAAAAGCUCACCAAAGUUAGAGUCUACUUAGACUACGAGGGAGAAGAGGUGUCCUUCUACAAUGCUGAAAAUAUGCAGCAUAUCUUUACUUUUAAUGUUGCCUUCACGGAAAAGGUGUUUCCGCUCUUCUCAGUUUGUUCCACUGUGACUUACAUUAAACUUUGUUCCUGAAAUGAG